GUUUGUGCUGCUGGCAGAAUGCUAGUGCCGGCAUUAACGGAGAAGAGAAGAGUCCCUGGGUGAACAAGUAUACAACCGGGAUAUUCAAGCGAAUAAAUGCCACCAAGUAUGACUGAGAGCUCGGUGAAUAAGUUGAUAAAUGGAGAUGUUUGCCACCGGACCGCAAACGGUAAAAAAUCUUCGGGAAGGAACGGUUUCGUGAAGAAUCAUUGUUUGUUCCAACAACCGCAACAGAAGAAGUAUCGGCGGCCGAGUGAGAAGAACAACCAUGUGCAUAAUGCCAGCCUGUACAACAAGCCGUUUGUGGAGCAGUUUGAGGAGACUCCUCUGUUUGUGGCGGUUCUCACCUAUGUGGGCUACGGCAUCCUCACCAUCUUCGGGUACCUCAGAGACUUCCUCCGGAACUGGGGCAUCGAGAAAUGCCACUUGGCCAGAGAGAGGGACGAACAGAAGGACUUUGUUCCGCUGUACCAGGACUUUGAGAACUUCUACACCAGGAAUCUAUACAUGCGUAUCCGUGACAACUGGAACAGGCCUAUCUGCAGUGUCCCUGGAGCCAAGAUGGACCUGGUGGAGAGAACCUCCAAAGACUACAACUGGACGUUCGAACACACAGGCAAGGUGGUGAAAGACGUGAUCAACAUGGGUUCUUAUAACUACCUGGGCUUUGCUGAGAACACUGGGAGGUGUGCUGACAGUGCCACAGGGUCGACACACAAGUACGGUGUGGGAGUGGGCAGCACCCGCUCUGAGAUGGGUAACCUGGACAUCCAUGAGGAGUUGGAGCAGUUGGUUGCUAGGUUCCUGGGGGUGGAGUCAUCCAUGGCGUUUGGGAUGGGCUUCGCUACCAACUCCAUGAACAUUCCUGCUCUCGCUGGGAAGGGCUGUUUGAUUCUGAGUGAUGAGUUGAACCAUGCCUCUUUGGUGCUGGGGGCGCGCCUCUCUGGCGCCACCAUCCGCGUCUUCAAACACAACAAUAUGGUGAGUCUAGAGAAGCUGUUGAGAGAUGCCAUUGUUCACGGCCAGCCCAGAACACACAGGCCCUGGAAGAAGAUACUCAUUCUGGUCGAGGGAAUCUACAGUAUGGAGGGCUCUAUAGUACGUCUGCCUGAGGUGAUAGCCCUGAAGAAGCAUUAUAAGGCCUAUCUGUACCUGGAUGAGGCCCAUAGCAUCGGAGCUCUCGGACCACGAGGUGGAGGGGUGGUGGACUACUUUGGUCUGGAUCCCAAAGACGUUGACAUCAUGAUGGGAACAUUCACGAAGAGCUUUGGUGCUGCUGGAGGAUACAUCGGAGGGAAGAGGGAGUUGAUAGACUACCUGCGGUCCCACUCCCACAGUUCAAUCUACGCCACGGCCAUGUCCCCUCCCGUGUCACAACAGAUCAUCACCUCUAUGAAGAUCAUCAUGGGAGAGGACGACACCACUCUGGGGGCGGAGCGUCUAAAGCAGUUGUCGGAAAAUACCAUAUACUUCAGAAGGAAACUCAGAGAGAUGGGAUUCAUCAUCUACGGAAACGAUGACUCUCCUGUCGUACCCAUGAUGCUCUACAUGCCGGCCAAAAUAGGGGCGUUUGGCAGGGAGAUGGUGAAGAGGAACAUUGGGACAGUGGUGGUUGGCUUCCCUGCCACACCCAUCAUAGAGUCCAGGGCCAGGUUCUGUGUGUCUGCCGCACACACCAGGGACAUGCUGGACACGGCACUGGAGGCCAUCAGUGAGGUUGGAGAUGUGUUGCAGCUGAAGUACUCCAGACAUCAUCAUUUCCCCUCCUCCCUGGGUCCAUGGUCCUCUGCGGAGAGUCUGCUCCUGGAGCCCAGCCACGUCAAGCCUUCUUGUCAUAUAACUAACUGAACCAGCUGCACCAGGCAUACUUGCACGUUUGUUUGUUUUUGCACUUACCUGGUGCACCGGCUCUAAAUCAGUCCCUGACUAAAGAAUGAAAAUGUAGAAGUGGAAACUUAGUGGAUUUGAGUAUCUCUUGACCUACACUACAGUGGGGCAGGGAUAUUAAAAAAAAGUCACCAAGGUCCUAUUGUGUGUGUUUGUUUCGAAGUGUGUAAGCCCCUAUGGUUGUCUUAAUGUAUCUUAACUUAUUGUGAAUUCAUUUUUUUUGUGUUGGACCUAAAUGUUGAAUCUUAUUUCCGUGUGCACAUUGCAUUAUGGGGGCUUCUAGUGCAAUAAUAACAAGAUGGGGAGGAAGAGUAGAAUAAGACAUGGAUUUAUAUUGCCAUUAAAAUACACUAUUUGUUUGGUUGUACCAAUGGAGGAAAUGAAUCAGAGAAAUGGAAUCCCUAGAACAGGGAUCUACAUUUAGUUCUAGGGAUUAUAUUUCUAGGGGUUGGAAAACAGCAGAAGUUAUAAUGCAAGAAAGAAGUAAAUAAAUAAUGUAUGUCAUUUAUGACUAGUAGAGCAACAUAUAGGCUUCAUAUCAAACGAGGUACAUCGUCAAGUGUAGCUUAUUUGAUAUUCAACUUUCCACUCUGAUCGGUGUGUUGGACUUUAAUAUUGUCACUGGGCUCUUUCCCUCACCAAUGUUGAUAUUAUCUGCCGUUUACACAGUAAAUGAACAGGUAAAAUCUCAACAUCUUUGACCUAUUAUCGGAGCUAAUCCUCUCUCUCUCGCGCACUCUGUGUAAGCUACAUAUUACACCUGUUUAGAAGGAUAGGGUAAGAACCCUAUUGAAGAGCUGCCAUGUUGUGAAUAUUUGUUAUAUAUAUAUUACAACUUUUUUUUCCCUAUCAUUCUUCAGCCUUUAAUAUUUAGUGUUUAUGCCUGCACUCGAAUGACUUAAGCCCAAAUGUCUUAAACAUUUCUAUACGCUCUAGAGUAUUUAACACGUCUAUACGCUCUAGAGUAUUUAACACGUCUAUACGCUCUAGAGUAUUUCAUAUUUCAUAAGCGUGAUAAGAGCCAUGUCGUGUGAAGUGUUUCUCUUGGGGGUUGGUAAUCACGGACACCGAUUUUUAGGCUAGUCCUGGACCGAAAAACGAUUUGAAUGAGAUUAUUGGCUUAAUCUGUGUCCGGGAAACUGACCCUUUCUGAAGAGCCACGUGGUUUGAGUCUCGAACUGUAUAUCUUCUAUGUGCUUAUCUUAAUAACCAGCGUUGAUGUCUUCGCAAACUAUGACACGCUGGCCAUAAUGUGACCCACCUGUUUAUCUGUAUGCAUGAAGAUGCUGCAUCCUAGCCAUGCUGCUCUGAUGUACAGAUAUGUCCUUAUUUGGUAAAACUUCCUAUUGAUACUCUCUUCACGGUGCAUUAUAAGUGCAUUUAUAGUGCCUUAUGAGCUAUAUAUAAUGCAUUACAUAGAGGAAGUGUUACGCCUUUAUUUAUUACAAAUGUCAUCGUUUUGAGAUGUUUUCUAAUAUAAUGUCUCUGUGGCAGCUCUAAAUAUUUUCUACACCUUUGGGGGGCGGUCUUUGGUUCUCUGUAUAAUCCUUUUUUGGUUCCAGGUAUAACCUUUUUUUUGGUUCCAGAACCUUUAAACCAAAAGGUUCUUUUGAGGGUUCUUUGUUGGGUGAAAGAGUUCUGCCUGGAAGCGAAACGGUUCUACAGGGAGAGCAGAAGAAACCUUUAGGAACACUUUUGAUGGAGUAUGUGUGUCUUAAUAACAGACGGACCACAUCUUCAGUGCUAGUACUACUGACAGGCAUUGGAAAUGCACAGAUGAUGUAGCCCCACUGAAAUGACAGGCUUUACGGCUGGCUAACUGACGCUUGGUUUAAAGGAAGCAUCUUUUCCCACCAGCUCUCUCUCACAAUGAUUCUUCUCUAAUAGGGCAUUCCAGAAUUGGCUGAUUUUUGUUUUAAUUUUACUUUGUUUUGUUUAAAUGUUAUGUUUGACUUUCCAUGGCUCAAUUUAUGGGUCAGCUCAAGUAUAAUAUUGUCUUUAGUCAAAUAUCCAGUUUGUAGUGUGUGAGUGUACAUCAUUUUUAUUUGUAUUGGAAGUAGAAAUAUGUGGAAGAGAGCUGCGGUUAGCACUGUGAUCAUUCCACUACUACAAACUCCUUAUUAAACUAUGGCUGAGAUUUAAA